AUGUCCUUGGAGGAGUUCUUGGACGAUAGUUCAUUGAAUGAUUCAGUGUGGAAUGAGAAUGAGAUAGAUUUGAACGCAAUCAGUACUACUUUAAGCAACACGACGUCGCUUGAUCUGUUGAAAUCGGCGUCUAUUGUAGGUCAUGGAGGACAGGGAGGUGGUGAUCAUGGCGGUGGUGGUUAUUCUAAUGGUAAUAAUUUCCAUGGUUCAAACAAGCAAUAUGAUGCGCCUUAUAUUAUUAAGUUUUCUAAUUUGCCAAGUAAGUUUUCCAACUUUGAGAUCGAAGAUUUGUUUCGUACCAAGUUUACGCGUUUCAUGAAAUUCAAGAUGUUCUGGGAGUUGAAUAAAAACCCCUCUUUGGAUAGUACAUCUGUGUUUGACAAGAAUUUUACCAAGGCCUCGAAGGUAUCCUUUGUACAGGUUUACUCGUUUAGAGAUAUGGAUAAGAUUAUGUCUCAAUGGCGAGAACCGUUGAUGGAUAUUCAUGCAAUUAAGGUGGAGCCAGCGGAGUUUUCUGAUUUUCAAAAUUACGUUAACAAGCAUACCCUCUUGACACCUACUUGUGCUGAUCCUGCUAAGCCUUACCAUGGUGCUGGGGCGGCGAAACUAGAUGCGCCGAAAACUGUAACUACGCAGCAGACGAAGCCAAAGUCGAAUCCAUUUGGUGAUGCAAAGCCUGUAGAUACGCAGGCAAAGAUAUUGCAAAUAGAAGAAACGGUUCAGAAGUUUCAUAUUGAAGAUACUACCAUCUUGAGGAAGAUUUCUUUUGGCGAGGGGACACCUGCUGAUAUAAAGAAAGUCACUUUGUUGAAGAGAGAUCAUCAAAACUCAAAGGACGACUUACAUGCCAUCGAAGAUGAUCUUGAAGAAGAACAAGUAGGUGUAGAGAAAAAUGACGUUCAGACAAAGGAAACGAAAACAGCAACUAUUAAGCCAAGGUUGACAUACUCGGAAGUUUUGCAAAAAGCUGCUAAGGAAAGGGAUGACGCAGCAGCAGCAACAGCAGCAGCUAAUGCCUCCUUGAAGCAAAUUCCUUACUCUUCUUCAGAUGCAGUGUCAACAGAGGCUUCUUCCAACUUGCCACCAAAGCAUACUAUCAGUAACAAUGAAUCAGGAAGGGAAUACUGUAACGAUUCCAAGGAUGAAAAUGAUCCUCUUUCAUCAAAAUUUGUAUUCAAGGAUGGAGCUGAAAGUCAAAACAGAUCUGGCCAUUACCGCGGAGGUCAUCGAGGCACCUUCCGUGGUAGAGGCAAUUCAAUUCGGAGAGGCCCUUCUCGUGGUAGCUACAGAGGGAAUUUUGAACCAAGAGGCGGUAGCCACAAUUCCCGUUUUAGAGAGAAUUCUAACUUCGAAGGCAAUGGCAAUGAUAGCGGCUCUAAGACCUUUGAGCGUAAUAAUGGCGAUAGCGACAGGACUAAUGGCGCUGCUAGAAAUUAUGCGACUGCCGGAGGCCAUCGUCAUGGCAAUGAUGGGGGCCAUAGGGGCCCGAACACGUAUUCACUGUUCCGUCCAGCUGCUGGAUUCUUGUUGGGCGACAGCGGAAGUGGCAGUAAUAACAAUAAUAGAGACAGCAGUAGGGGAGGCCGUGGAGGACGUGGUCGCGGCCGUGGAGGACGUGGCGGUGCACAUUGA